AUGAGGCAGGUCAGCAUUAUCCAGGCUCUAGACUCCCUCUCGUCCAGCCGCCUACGCGAUCGGACAGAGGGCAUUGAGGAGCUCAGGCACAUUUUAGUCCAAAACAAACGCAUAUACAAUUUACACUUACUGGAUGAUAAGGGUUAUCACAGAAUUUUCGAAGCACUUUUUCGAUGUAUCUCGAGAGAUAAAUCAGCUUUUAACCAAGCACAUAAAUCAUCCUUGAGGUCCAGUGUGACCACACGGCUGUCAUCAUGUGCCUCCUUGCUCCAAAAAACCGCUGAAUUAUCAACCAAGGUUCUUAGACCUAGAACCGUUAUUGCAGUGAUAUGCCAUAUCGUCGAUACACUUCCUUCCCCGGGUGAGGAUUUAUGGGUACUUCUGUGCUCAGAAUACGUCAACGCCUUGCUGGCGAUACUGAAAUAUCAGCCCCAUGUUGAACAUCUGUCAAAAGAAGAAUGGCACUGCGCCGUUGAUUUCUGUCUUCUCGGGCUUGGAGUUACAAAGAGGCAAGAGCAUAACCAGCUACCCAUUCGCGAUGGUGAUCUUGUAUUGGAGAGCGCCGGCGGCCGAGGGAGCCGCGCGGGUUCUAUGGGUCCACAAACAUACUCGCGUGGUGGAAACAACUAUGCUGACUUUAGAGAUAACGCCGAAGUGUUUGAACUUUGUAUUCAAUUGCUGACAGCGCCUUCUGUAUCUCCGAUUCUUGAUGGAGCCGGGAAAAUUCUUCAUGGUUUAACGGAUUACCUAUUGUCUAACAUGGCGGGGCGUUCCCCUCAUGUCCCGUUUAACACGAUAAACCUGGUGCUUGCGAGAGCAAUAACUGAUGAUAUUGCACUUGUUCAAGAAAUAAUAUUCAAUUUGCUGCCCGUAAUUCGGCGCCUCUGGCCAUCCAAAUCUGUUCAGCUAAGAGAUGAAAUGCUGAUAACGCUAAUGUAUGCGAAGGAUAUUUUAACAACAGGGAGAGUUCCACACUCUUUCCCUGUCGAAAUGUUACAAGAUCUUUUGGAACAAAUUCUCCGAGCAUAUGUCCGGCUUCCCGAAAAAGAAAUACUCCAUAUUGAUGAUUUAAUAUUCUCUUUUGAUAUGGACUCGAUUCCGAUGGCGUUGCGGUUCAUGGCUCCUCGGCUUGCAAUAGGCAAAAGUGUACAACUCUGGAUGACAGUAUCGACUCUAGCAGCUCUAUCUAAGCUUGUAGACGAACUCCUUCUCACACCAAACCCUUCCAGUGGAGACUCAGGUAAAAGGCAGCAGCUCUCAUCUAGGAUUGACGACAUUUUCCGGGAUGCAACAACAUCAAGUGGUGUAACCCGCAUAUGUGCACUCCAAACAAUACCUUUCAUUAUUUUUCAAGGAAACAUUAGUUCCGGACGCACUCAGAACUUGGUCCGAUUGCUAAUACCCUAUAUUUUGGAUGAAAGUACGACAGUGUCUUCAUGGUCCAUGAUUGCAUUAGCAAGUAUUGCCGCGUGUGAAUGCACGACCUCCAAAGACAGGGGAGCUGAUUGGCGUCACAUCUGGGACCUGGCGUCACGCACCUUACCUUCACUAGGAACGUCUCGCGCCGCUUGUGUACUGAUGUGUACAAUCGUUCAACAUCAUCUACUCGAUUACAGUGACAUUGUAGAUACUCUCGAAUCUAUUUCUUACUCGGCAGACCUUAACGGACCUGCCGCCCUAACUGAUUCUGCUUUGUACCUUUGGAAGAUAACAAUGGAAUUAAAGUCAAAGGUGAACCCUGCACAGAGCCAGGAAACAUCACGUCAAAUUUGUGGCUUGACUACCGAUAGACUCCAUUCGUCUCAAAUUGCCUGGUUUGCUCGACCUCUAAAUAUACUCAAUUUGCUCAUGUCUUGUACCGGUCGGCAACUCACCGCUCCUACAGCAACCCUCGAUGGCCCGUUCUGUCGAUUGGCGAAAGCGUGGAUUGUCUAUCACCAAAAACAUAAACUAGUCAGAUAUUUACUCCUUGUGAACCCGCAAACUAGUUUAGACAAUUACACUGUGUCUCUCAAAGGCGCGGAUGAUAUCGAAUCAUCUACCAGAUACCAUCCGAAUGAUUUGAUCAUUUUAGAGUUCUUACAAGCCAAACUAGACUCUUUUUCUCAGAUGUGGUCGCAGUUAUCAACGGAUAAAGCCAACCACAUUACCCUUGAAAUUACCCAAGCGCUCGUAUCAGCGUGUGUUACGGCGAACGCAUUCAUUGAAAUGGUUCCUUCUCACUGCCUCCAAGCGCAAAAUCUGCGAAAAUCCACGGAUGAUUUAUGGGUAAACAUUUGCAAGUGUAUUUCUGAAAACUUUGUAAUGGUUCAGCAUUGCUUAGACGUUUUGUCCCCACUUGUUCUGUCAUUAAUGCCACCCUUUAACCGAAAUGGUAUACUUUUGAAGACCCUAGGCAGAAUGUCUCUAGAGCUGUUACCCUUGCUAAAGCAGCAACGGGAGACGGAGAGAGAUAGGGCUGAUCAAACUGUGGAGUCGAUGGAGCUUGAUGAUCAAUUUUUGUCUCGGGACAUCCCAUAUGCUCAAGAUGGAACCAUGAUAAGAUUUAAUAGAGAGGAUAACGGAAGCCCAAUUUUUGAGGACAGUGACUCAAUGCGUAUUGCGACCACAGUUCAACUUUCCCUUCUGGGGCUUUUUCUUUCCGUGGAAGAUUCUGCAAUCCUAACUAAUGAAAUUCACACUUACAUAAAGACUUGGGACAGCUUUGAUAUGCUAGCAGGAUGGCCAUACUUGACGAAAUUCAUUAGCUCUAUACCUAAUAUGACUCGAUUUGAUGCAUGUACGUUCAUCGAAAUUUUUGGCGAACGGUGCCUGCGUUCUCAUGAGCUUCGAAGAUGCGAAGCCUCAAUAUCCGCUUGCAUUGAAAUCAUGACAUGCUUCGUGGAUCUUUGGACCACGAAUGAGAGUGAUGAAUUACAAGACUCUGCAUCUGACGUUUACAUAUGGUUCAUUGAUAUUUUACUGGGCGAAGAGAUUGGAGGCCCAAUGUGCCUGGUCAGACUUGCUGUCCUGCUAGAACGCAUCCUCAGCAACAAUCCUGUGUUUCUCAGGGAACAUCAGCGGCCGUCCCCCAGGACCAGCCUUUUUAGCAUUCUUUCUCGCGGCGACUUAACAGUAAAAUUUAAUAUAUCUUGCUUGAUCUCUAAGAUAUUUGGAGGCUUUAUCUUAAAGGAACACGAUGCGAUUUUCGAUGAUGUGUUGGCCAACUUACCACGGGAUCGAGAAUGGGAGGAGGGGAUAGCAAUUCGCCUAUUUAUCCUCGCCGAACUUGCUUCUCAUUGGCAUACAUUGCUUCGACGAGGUAUAUAUCAUAUCUUUGAAGCUCCGGGACAAGUUCCAUCCUCGACCUUAUAUGCUAGGGAAUGCCUAAAUAAGGUGGCGAAGGCCCUAGGCCUUGUCACCUCGAGAGAAGUAUUUCGGCUAUUCUCUCCCCAGAUUAUCUAUACCUGGAUGGAGACACAGUCACUUUCAGAUUUGCCAUUCAGCGUUUUCGGAUAUACUCAUCUCAAGGAAUUAAUGCUUGACGUGCAAGAUGAAGUUAUUGCACAGGUCAUCAUGCGUGCCAGGGAAGAUGAAAUGUCUGAGCUCUCGCGGUGUCUAGGGUUGCCCUUCCGGGAGCUGUUGAGCAGCUGUUUCUACAAAGCCGAAGCCUACAGUCUUGCUCGUGAUAUUAGCAUGCCGCCGUCUCAAGACCCUAUGCAAGGAGGCUCGGAAGUUGGAAUGAAAACGCUAUUGGGUUCGAAUGAUUUUUUGACUCUAGUGGAAAAGUUCUUCCCCGAAAUCGUUGCGUCGCUAUUCAAGUCAAUGGACCAAACUGAACAGAUGGAGAGACAUUUAGCAAAACAUGAAUUAUUUCAAUCAGCUUCGAAAAUCCUCAGGGCUAUUCACGAGAGAGGUGCAUCAACCAUGAUUCUUCCCAUCGGCCAACAGCCAUCAUUUCGAGCCCGUUUCCUUCUCGAUGAGUUGGAAUUUUUAUGUCGGCGGUCGGGUUACGAUCUCGAGACCAUGUGGACCCCAGCUCUGGUUUGCUUUGUUGCCAGGGCGUUAGUGGAGUCGAUACACCCAGCAUUUGGGUCGCUUCAUGCAUGCUCUGUUCUACGCAAGUUGAGGAUUUUGAUUUGUGUUGCAGGAUCAACAGUAUUGGAGGACUACCCUCUAGAAAUGUUGCUUCACUGCUUACGCCCAUUUCUUACCAAUUUUCAGUGCUCUGCGGAUGCUAUUGGCAUGUUUUGGUAUCUAGUAGACAAUGGAAGAUUACAUCUCUCUGAACACCCAUCAUUUUUAGCUGGGUUGGCGGUCUCAACGCUGGCGUCUCUCAGGGGGUUACUAUGCUCUCAGCAAGAGAGUACCACUCAAGAGACCCAUUUUCGGGCAACAAUGUCAAAUGCACAAACAUUUCACAAAUGGUUCUUGAAUUUCCUAGAUGAGUAUGAAGCCCCGGCUCUCAAUGAAGCCGAGAAAAUUUCCCUGCGAAAAAUCAUUCAGUUGUCACAAAAUAUUAGCGGUGUUGGAAAUGCCUCCAAUAGCACCUACGAAGGCGAGCUCAUGGUGGAACUUCUACAAGAUAAAGUAUCUGGAAGGAACUUACUAGGCCGAGCAGCCUCAGAUCUAGUGUUUGAUCAACUGUGUCGCGAUUUUCAGAGGCCGGAAAGCUUUCGGGAUUACAUUUUGGGAAACGACCAGGCAGCCUGCUCGAAUGCUGCAGGACUUUGGGACAUGUUAGAAAACAGAGAGCCUAGCUCCGGCUGUAGGCUAUGGGUCGCUCGAGCUUUGGGUCGGUCGUACUCUUCUACCGGGAGCAUCAGCGAAUUGCUACUUCGGGAACAGCGAAUGAUUUUUUCGAAUUAUCCUUCUUAUGAUACCCUUAUGACUUCAAAAGUGUCUAUUUUACGCGUGUUAUGCAACUCUCUCUUUUCCAAUAAUAAUGCGAGCAUUGGUGUUGCGGAACGAACGCUCCAAACCAUUGUGAAUACACUCUUGAAAGAUUCGAAGCUGGAACAAUUCGAAGAAGCCAUACCCGUUUCAUUGAUGAAGGGUCUUAUUUGGGCCCCUUAUCAUUGCCCUAAAAACGUUAUUAAAUAUUAUGACAAAUCUUCUCUCGGUCUGGAUGUUCGCUGGGCCCCGUCACUUUCUGUUCUUGAGUUCGCCAAAGACUUCACACUUGCUCUAUCACUAAGAGCCGGUAGCGAUCCAGUGCUCAGUGCGCUUCAGCCUAUUUUAUUUACUAUUCCUACUCUAGCCGCUCAACUACUUCCCUACAUUCUUCAUGACGUGUUGCUUUCGGAACACACAAAGGGUAGAAAGACACGACAAGCCGUAUCAGCUGUUUUUCAGGAGGCAUUUGAUGAUGUCCAGAAAUCAACUCUUCCACACUUAAGGUUAAUGAUUUACUGCAUUCUAUAUCUCCGACAUCAACCAUACCCUAAUGAGAUGACGAUGGACAUGCGCGAUAGUUGGCUCGAGAUUGACUACUUAAAAGCUGCCAAUGCAGCUACCAAAUGCCGAAUGUACAAGACGGCCCUUCUAUUCGUGGAGAUUCACUACUCACACCUCGCAGUUGCAUCCAGAAGGUCAUCGGCUAUAAAACCUGCUGAACCGUCAGACCUUCUUCAUGAAAUUUUUUCGAGUAUUGAUGACCCAGAUAUGUUUUAUGGUAUGCAGCAGAACCCUUCAAUUGACAGUGUACUGGAAAAACUGGGGCAUGAAAGUGCCUCGCUGAAAAACAUGACCUUUCAAAGUGCAAAUUACGAUACAGAUCUGAAAUUAGACCUAAUUACGGAAAACAAUAGCACGCUUGGAGUCAUAAAAGCUUUCAAUUCAACUAAUUUCCAGGGUAUGGUGAACGUGAUGUUUCAUACUCCAGGGAAAUGUGGAAAGCGACCGGAGACCUUUGAUAGCAUGCUUUCCACGGCCUUAUACCUCCAAAAAUGGGAUAUCCCGGUGCCAAAUACAACAUCCUCCAUCGGGAAUCUAUUUAAAGCCUUACAAGGCCUCAAUGUGCUUGAAAAUAAAAGCCUAAUCGUUGAAACAUUGGACGACUGUUUUUUAGAAAUGUUGAACCAGUUAUCUGAAGAUAACCAAUCGCUUUCAUCACAAAAGAAUACCAUGCGAAUGCUGGGAUUACUUUCUGAGAUGGAUGAGAUACUAUCUUCAACGUCAUGUAUUGAAAUCCAGGAGAGUUGGAACAGAAUAGUGAGUAGGAGUUCAUGGUUGAGAUUUGAGAGCUUCCAUGAUAUUGGUCUGGUCCUAUCUACCCAUGAAGGAUUUUUUUCUAUAAUUAACCAGCGACCUCAACUACAAACUAUAUUUGGUUUGAAGGCUAGCGAUGCGCAGCUUUUGAGAGUUAGAACUAUCCGAGAAUCCUUUAGAAUUAGUAGGGAGCACGAUGAGCACCAAGCAUCACUUAAAUCCGCUAUGCUAUUGACAAAGUUAGUCGACCCUUGUUCACAAUUAGAAGUGAAAAUUGAUGCCGCGGCUACACUUGAUUUGGCAAACGUAUUCUGGGAUCAGGGGGAAAUGACGCCCUCUAUUCAAAUGCUUCAACAGCUCAGUGACCGAAAUGAUUUACAAAAGCAAUCGAUUCCAAUCAACAGAGCAGAAGUUCUGGCUAGCCUGGGCCGUCAUAUUGCUGAGGCAAGACUUGAAAAGCCGGAUGUAAUCAUUCAAAAUUACCUGCUCCCAGCAGUUAAAGAACUCAAGGGACAACAUACCGGGGAGGAGGCCGGACUUGCCUUCCAUGAAUUUGCCUCAUUUUGUGAUCAACAAUUGCAGAAUCCCGAAGUCUUAGAGGAUUUUAAGAGAAUUGAACAAAUUCGUCACAGAAAAGAAAGAGAAGUUCAGGAUCUAGAGCGAAUGAUGAAGGGGUCCCAAGGUAAGGAAAAAGAGCAACUCCGCAUACACAAAUCGAAAGCGAAACAAUGGUUUGACCUCGAUGAUCGGGAGUACCAACGUUUAAAGCGAAGCCGAGAAACGUUUUUAGAACAAUGCCUGGAGAAUUACCUGCUUUCAUUGAAGGCCUGCGAUACCUUUGGGAAUGACGUUCUCCGAUUCUGCGCGCUCUGGCUGGAUAAUUCGAACAGUGACAUCGCCAACAAAGCUGUCGGCAAACAUCUUUUCCACGUCCCAAGCAGGAAAUUUGCUCCUUUGAUGAAUCAGCUAUCAUCACGACUUUUGGAAUCUGAAGACUACUUUCAGCCUCUUUUAUCGGCUUUGGUCUUUCGAAUUUGCGUGGAACAUCCGUAUCAUGGAAUGUAUCAGAUAUUUGCGAGUAGCAAAUCCAAAGUUGGAAAUGACCAAAUGGCAGUAUCUCGUUUCAACGCUGCGGGAAGGCUUGUUGAACGUCUGAAAGUCGAGAGAGGAGCCGGCUCCACCUGGGUAGCAAUUCAUAACACUAACAUUAGUUGUGUACGAUUUGCCUUAGAGAAAACGGAAGAGAAGCUAAAGACAGGUUCGAAAAUACAGCUUCGGAAAUCGCUUGCAGGCCAAAGGUUAGAACAAGACGUUAGAAGGCAACGGAUUCCUCCUCCCACCAUGAAAAUUGAACUGCGUGUGGAUUGUGAUUAUAGCAAAGUUCCCCGUUGGGUUGAAUUUCUCCCCGAAUUUUCAGUUGCCUCCGGGAUAAGUGCACCAAAAAUCGUGACUGCCAUCGCAUCAGAUGGUUUGAGGUACAAGGCUUUGUUCAAAGCAGGAAAUGAUGACUUACGCCAGGAUGCUAUAAUGGAGCAAGUGUUUGAACAAGUCAGUAAUUUGCUCCGGUCUCAUCGCGCCACGCAGCAGCGCGAUCUCGGUAUCCGCACCUAUAAGGUGCUUCCUCUCACUACCAACGUUGGUAUCAUCGAAUUUGUGCAAGACACCAUCCCUCUACAUGACUACUUAUUACCUGCACACCAGAAACACUUCCCAAAGGAUAUGAAGCCAAACGCCUGCCGAAAGCACAUAAAUGAUGCACAAGCAAAGAGCUUAGAGCAGCGCCUUAGAGUUUACCGACAGGUGACAGACCACUUUCAUCCCGUCAUGAAAUAUUUUUUCAUGGAGCGAUUUCAAAACCCAGACGACUGGUUUAGCAAACGUUUAGCUUACAUUCGAAGCACCGCAGCUAUAUCAAUUCUUGGGCAUGUACUAGGCCUUGGCGACCGCCAUGGCCAUAAUAUUCUUCUAGACGAGAUGACCGGUGAAGUAGUACAUAUUGAUCUUGGUGUUGCAUUUGAACAGGGUCGUGUUCUGCCUGUACCCGAGGUGGUGCCGUUCCGCCUCACUCGUGAUCUUGUGGAUGGAAUGGGGGUUACCAAGACGGAAGGGGUAUUUCGCCGUUGUUGCGAGUUCACUCUUGAAACCUUACGUCAAGAAUCGUAUAGCAUUAUGACAAUUCUUGACGUUCUCCGUUACGACCCGCUGUACAGCUGGUCCUUGUCUCCGCUCCGUAUGAAGAAAAUGCAAGAUUCACAAGAUGCAGACGAGGAAGAAGACGAGACGGGUGAAAGAGCAAAAGCAUCGGUGAAUGAACCCAGCGAAGCGGAUCGAGCGUUGACAGUUGUUGCGAAGAAAUUAGGCAAAACUUUGAGCGUAGUUGCUACUGUCAACGAAUUAAUCCAACAAGCAACUGAUGAGAGGAACCUUGCUGUUUUGUACUGCGGAUGGGCUGCGUACGCGUGA